ACGGCAAUUCUUGACAUUACUCAAAUUGAAUAAAAGUAAUGCUACUAGCAGCUAGAAUAUUGCAUCUUGAAUCUUCUUGUUACCUACUGACUUGUCUCUCUAUGCUCUUUGGUCCACCCAGUAAGUAAAUAAAGAUAAGACAGUGGGUAGAAUACCUUUCUCCAAAAAUCAUCAAUGGCGGCUACUUCUUCAGAAUUCCAUGAUUCAAACAUCAACAAUGAUGGACUUCCUCUGGUAUUCUAUCAUUGCGGUCAAAAAUAUAGGGGCAUACCCUUUAGAGAAUGGAUCGGGACUCGUUAUCGCCUCCUCGAGCCCUCUGACUCAACCUUUCCAACCCUAUCUUGCUCUGUCCGGGUCUUACUCUGCGUAGGCAUUUCAGAAGUGACCUCUGAAAUUCUAGACCAGCUCCCUUCACUGGAGUGUGUGGUGGGUUCUAGUGUUGGAGUCAACCACAUCGAUGUUGCAGAGUGUUGCCGCCGUGGAAUUAAAGUCACCAGUGCUGGUGAUGCCUUUACUGAGGAUGUUGCGGAUUAUGCAGUUGGCCUAUUGAUAGCUGUUCUUCGUCGAUUGUCAUCUGCUGAUCGAUUUGUGCGGGAUGGAAUGUGGCCUGUAAAAGGAGAGUAUCCUCUUGGUUUGAAGUUAGGUGGGAAACAGGUUGGGAUUGUUGGACUUGGAAGUAUUGGUUCUGAGAUAGCGAAAAGGCUAGAGGCAUUCGGCUGCAUCAUUGCUUACAACUCGAGGAAAAAGAAAGAGCUUGUUACUUUUCCAUAUUACGAAACUAUUCAUGACCUUGCCAGGAAUAGUGAUGCUCUCAUCGUUUGUUGCACAUUAACAAACGAAACUCACCACUUGAUAAACAAGGAAGUCUUGACAGCUCUGGGAAAGACCGGUGUCAUAGUUAAUGUUGGGCGUGGACCUCUCAUUGAUGAGAAGGAACUUGUACAGUCAUUGCUACAUGGUGAGAUUGGAGGAGCUGCUCUUGAUGUUUUUGAGAAUGAGCCUCAUGUGCCAGAAGAGUUACUUGCAUUGAACAAUGUGGUGCUAUCUGCACACAAAGCUGUUACAACCCCGGAAUCCUUUUCAGCAUUGGUGAGAGUAAUUGUGGGUAACUUGGAUGCAUUCUUUGCAAAGCAGCCCUUCCUCUCAGAGGUGGAACCUAUAUGAAAAAGUAAUCUUCUAUAUCUUACAGACAAUAACUAAUCUACAUCGAUAACAAAGUUAAAAUUGUCCAGAACAUCAUUUAAACAAUACCAUGUUAUAUCAGCACGGAGAUUUUACAUUUUUUUCGCUCUGUUGUUUUUCUGCACAAGCUUGAAAUAGAGUUAUUUGAUAACAAGUGACGCUCAAACCAAUUUAGGGUGAAUAAUAUUCUCUAGUUGGGAUUAUCCUGAUACUGUUCCAGGUUAUGAUUUCAUGCACAGCAUAGAGUAACUGAUUUUACGGAUAUUCUCAUAAUUUAUUAUAGAAACCAAUACUUGAAUAUAUUGCAACAAGGUUAUUUAACAUAUUUCAAACAUGUGGCAACUGAGAUAGUAAUGUCUGAAGCCUGUGACAAAUCAACUCUUGAUAGAAGGAUUCGGAUAUCUACUUUUAGAGGAUAGUUAUUCUGUUCCAGCAGCUGAGAAAUUUCAAAUUAUGGAGAAGUAGAUGCCUCUUCUCCAGGCUUUAAUAUUUCAAUUUUCUGAGGUUUACUUUCUACGGUUUUUUGUUGUUCUUCUGGCUGAGGAAUAUCAGUUUCAGCAUUAUUUUGUUCCUGUGGCUGAACCUUUUUCGAGUCAUCAAUAGCUUCCUGGCUCUUCCUGAACAGCUUGUGUGCCAUAUGCUGAGCAAAGGUACGGGGUGGAAAGAGCGGUGGCUCAGCCUCAGUUACUGUCUCUGGCAGUGGCUUUAGAAUAAUCUUCUCUUUAGGAGGCUCACAGAAAACAGCCCACGAAAUUCUAACUUUCUCCUUGUUCACAAGUCCCCUGUGAAGAAUGCUUUUAUACUUGCCAUUGCUUAAAAUUUCAAGUGUGUCCCCAAUGUGUACUAUAAUAGAGUCUGGAACACAUUUAGCGGUCACCCACUUGCCUCCAUAGAAGAGUUGUAGCCCAGGAACCAUAUUAUGGAGUAUGAAACUGAGUGCACUCACAUCAGUGUGAGCUUCAACACCGAGAGCCAGUUCAGGUUGAGGACACUUCGGGUAGUAAUUGAUCUUCAUCUGGAGUAUUAGCUCUUCCAUUCCGCCAACUUCUUUUUCUAGCCUUCCUUCUUCAAGUCCCAGUCCUAUAGAUAAUGCAGAUAGUAACUUUGUCGCGAGGCCUCUUAACUCCUUCGCGUACUCCCUUGUUGCCGGACUGCAAUAUAUACAAAAACAAAUUCAUGUCAUGCUAUCUACUAUAAUCCAUAGUUGAAAGUUUUUAUCAGUUUGUGGCGACUUACAUGUAGUCCUGUGGUUUCUUAGGCCAAAUAGACAAAUCAGCUUUCUCUUCGGGGUAAACAAGGUGGAAGAAAUAGUCUUCCCACUCAAGCUGGCCGCUGGCAUUGUUGGCUAGCUUGCUUCCAUACCCUUGAAUCAUUCCAGUGCCCGGAUCAUUUGCAUACUUCUCCUUCUCGCCAA